AUGGCUAACUCCUGGCUUCACUCGGCUCGCAAGCUGCUUCCUCUCACUCUCUCCGUCCUGCUCCUCUUCGCCGUCACCAACGCCAGCGCCGCGCGGCCUAUCCUGCACGCGUCCCCUUCCGACACCAGCGCGGAUUCCGCGGUAUCCCCGCACAGGGUGGAGCGGAAGCUGUUCAGCUGGGACGGGGUGACCGUGGAUCAGAUCAUUGCCGGCAGCCUGGGCACGAUCGACGGUCCGGAGGACGACGAGGGCGACCCGGCGUCCGCGCAGGUGGAGGUGUGGCACUUCUGGGAUAACUCCGAGUUCAAGGUGUUUUACAAGCAGGGCCCCUUCUCUGUGGAGAAUCUUGGCAAUGGCGGGUACGAGAACUGGGCGUUCGGAGGCAACUGGGUGCGCUACGGCGCGGAUGAGAAGGUCGUCGUGUUCUCUUGA